AUGGCCCUUUUGGGCAGACAGAGCCCCUCCUCCCUGCAGGUCUCCAAGGGAGGGCCUUGCCUCCUUCUCCUCUUCUGCCUGCCUUUGGGGGCCACCUGUCCACAGGGCUGCCAGUGUCCAGAGCAUGCAGGGGCAGUGGCUGUGCACUGCAGUGCCAGUGGCCUGCAGGAGGUUCCCAAGGACAUCCCCACCAACACUGUGCUCCUGAAGCUUGAUUCCAACCAGAUUGCUCGAAUUCCUGAUGGAGCCUUCCAGCACCUGAGCCAGCUGAAGGAGCUGGACUUGUCUGGGAAUGCUAUCGAGUCCAUUGGCCCAGCGACCUUUGCUGGCCUGGCUGGGGGUCUGCGGCUGCUGGACCUGUCCAACAAUCGCAUCCGCAGGAUCCCCAAGGACGCCUUGGGCAAACUCAGUGCCCAAGUCCGCCUGUCCCACAAUCCCCUGCACUGCGAAUGUGCCCUACAAGAAGCCUUGUGGGCGUUGCGGCUGGACCCUGACUCAGCGGAUGCUAUUGCUUGCCACACCUCUGUGCGGGAGGAAUUUGUGGGGAAGCCGCUAAUCCAGGCCCUUGAUGCCGGCAUCAGCUUCUGCAAUGCCCAUCACAGGACUACUGACGUGGCCAUGCUGGUCACUAUGUUUGGCUGGUUUGCCAUGGUGAUCGCCUAUGUCGUAUACUAUGUGCGCCAGAACCAGGAGGAUGCCAGAAGACACCUGGAGUACCUGAAGUCCCUGCCCAGCACCCCCAUCUCCAAGGACCCAAUAAGCCCUGCACCCUAG